UGGUUACAUUUUCAUAUGGAAGAUAAAAGAGCUGCUAAAGUAGAAAAUGGGAGACUGGAACUUCCUUGGUGGGAUCUUGGAGGAGGUGCAUAUCCACUCCACCAUGGUUGGCAAGAUCUGGCUGACCAUCCUGUUCAUAUUCCGAAUGCUGGUCCUGGGCGUCGCCGCAGAAGACGUUUGGAAUGACGAGCAGUCCGACUUCAUCUGCAACACCGAGCAGCCGGGGUGCCGGAAUGUAUGCUAUGACCAGGCCUUCCCUAUUUCCCUCAUCCGCUACUGGGUGCUCCAGGUGAUAUUUGUGUCCUCGCCCUCCCUGGUGUACAUGGGUCAUGCCAUCUACCAGCUGCGCGCUCUGGAGAAGGAACGCCACUGCAAGAAAGUGGCUCUCCGGCGGGAGCUGGAGGCGGUGGAUGCAGAGCUGACAGAGGUGAAGAAGAGGAUUGAAAAGGAGAUGAGGCAGCUGGAGCAGGGGAAGCUCAACAAAGCACCACUGAGGGGCUCUCUGCUGUGCACCUACGUGGCCCACAUUGUUACGCGCUCAGUGGUGGAGGUCAGCUUUAUGACGGUUCAAUACAUCCUGUAUGGAAACCGCCUGAGCACCAUUUACAAGUGCGAGAGGGAGCCGUGUCCUAACGUGGUGGACUGCUUCGUCUCGAGACCAACAGAGAAAACUGUUUUCAUGAUGUUCAUGCAAGCUAUCGCCUGCAUCUCUCUCUUCCUCAGUCUGCUGGAGAUCAUGCACCUGGGCUUCAAGAGGAUUAAGAAGGGCAUUCUGGACUACUACCCACACCUGAAGGAUGACCUGGACGAUUAUUAUGUCAGCAAGUCGAAAAAGGACUCAGUGAUGCAUCAGGUUUGCAUGGGAACGACUGUGGGACGCAAGAAUACGAUCCCCACAGCACCAAGCGGGUACACGUUACUGCUGGAGAAACAGGGCAACGGACCCAACUACCCUCUCCUCAACGCCUCCUCCGCCUUCGUCCCAAUUCAAGGGGACCCUGGUGGAAAGCCGGACAGUCAAAAGGAAGGCAAGGAAGGAGUCCCGAGUCCCACGGAGCACAACAACAACUCCAACAAUACCAGCAGUGAGACGCGGUCCCCUCCUUCAGACAAACAGGAGCAACGAGAAGAUCAAUCCCCACCACAUCACGAGGACCUGGAGCGUGCAAGAUCUGAGUACCCCACCCUGCCUGUUUCAGAUGCCUCCUCCAGCACAGCGCUGUCAGGCUUCACAAGGAAGACACGAAGGAUCACCCCACCGUGGAACUGCUCCACAGUUGUGGAGGGAAAUGGCUCAGACAGCGGAGACUCCUACAACGGGAACAACAGCAUGAAGCUACGAAGCGGCGGCGGCCCCAGAGCAAGGAUCCUCUCCAAGUCAGACAUUAAGAGACAGAGCAGACCCCAGAGCCCGGACUCUGCGGGGGAGCUGAGCUCUAUAUCUCGACACAGCCGGGAGAGCAAUAGUCCCGCCGCCUCCCCACCAAACCGGCGAGUGUCAGCUGGCAGCAGCGCCAGCAGCAGACGAGCCCCGACUGAUUUACAGAUAUGAGGACUGCUUAGAAGAAGCCAUUAAAACACUGUAUUACUGCACCUU